CGGUGAAAGUCAUACAAACAAAAACAACGCAUUUUGCAACCGCCAACCGUCAAUUUUGUAAAGUUUAAAUUAUUUCCAUUUCAAAUGGUAACUUAUUUAGCGCCUUAUUAUGAGUGCCAACCAAACAAUUAUUGCGGACGUGAACUCGCUGACCGGGGACGAACUGGCGGAGCAGUACCGGCGAUUGGCCGAAACCUACAAAUCACUCAAACGGACCUACGAAGAUGAGCUGCAAACGAGCUACGAACUUCGCCGAAACUACCAAACCGCGCAGGAAUCGGUCACCUACAUGACCGCGGAGUUAGACUCGAUCGACUCUGUGCACAAGGUCGAGCUGGAAAAAGUAGGAGAAAAGUAUUCUCAGUCACUAACCGCUCUAAAGGAGACCAACUCGGAACUAAAGCAGCAAAAUGCGGCUCAUGAAACGACCAUCGAAUGUUUGCAACAGCAGAUGAAUCAACUGAAUGAAAAGAUCGAAGAGUUGGAGUCGGCUGGCUCGAAGGCAGAUUCGAUUGCGGGGAAUGUCUCGCUUAGUACGGAGAAGGAAUCGUUUCUGGAACGUGAAAAUGAAGAACUGAAGCAGUUGGUCUCGGAUCAGCAGGAGAAAAUUGAUACGCUAAUGCUUCAGAUGGUCAAUUCCGAAAGCAAGUUGGAGAAUCUGAAAGAGAAACUCGCCUGCAUUGAGGACAAUCUGAGCGCGAAGAAGCAAGAGCUCGAGGAAUUGCAAACGAUGCUGGAAUCAACGCAGGAUGAGAACAUGCGACUCAACGCUGACCUGGCGGCGCUCAACAGUGUCCCCGACGAUGCCAACAAAAAGGGCAACUCUUUGUUUGCGGAGGUUGAUGAUCAGCGGCAGAAAAUGAUCGAUAUGUUGCAGGCUCAGCGGAAACGUUAUUUGGAGAUGAAAAAGUUACACACCGAGAGUCAGUUCCAGAUCCGGCGGCUGACCCGAGAGAAUCGCGAACUCUGUGACGAUAUAAGGACGUGCAGCGAACUUUUUUUGAAAGCGGACAGUAGCUUCCGAGACGAGAUGAACCGGCAAAUUAGCCAACUGACCGAAGAAGUACAACGGUUACGCGAUCAGCUUGCUUCAACCGAACGAUUGCUGGUUGAUCGAACGAGCGGAACGGGCUGGGUGGACCCUUUUGUCGCGUAUUACCGAAACGAAACAAACACUCUCAAAAAUCAGCUGUUUCAAUCCCAAAUGGCCAAGCGUCUCGUGGACGAGAUCUGCUUCGAGGCGCAGCAGGAUUUGGCCAAGUGGCGAUUCGAAGCACUCAAGUCACGCUACACCAUAAUCAACCGGGAAUCGCUGCUGGAGGAACAUGAGAUUGCGUUCCCGUCGUUCGAUUCAAUGCAGGCCGGAAUUCACAUCGACGAUAAUCUGAUCCGACAGGCUAAGCCACACAUUUCCUUCUCAAUGGGAACCGCCAAGGCAGACCAGAAGCAGAGCGAACUUGACUUGCUGUCCGAUCUUCACAUCGACGUCACAAUUCCUACCGUGGACACGUUGUCCAAACUUAAAACACCAUCCCUUCUACUGCCGCCGCCACCCCCUCCCCCACCACCGGCCGUCACACCCGCCCCCUCUGCAAAUAUCGAGGAAGAGAUCCUUACCCCGCUGGCCACUCCACUGGUCACGCCCGUUCAAUCUCCCCGGUCGGUCAAGAAAGAAGUUGGCACCGCCGAGCGAUGCACGCCGCUGGUUUACCGGAACCUUGUUUUUACACCAAACGACAAACCACUCAGCGAGAAGAAAAAUCCACCGGCGAGUGGGGCGGUCGUCUCUGCUGCCGAAGGAAAGGAAAAUGUUCCCUGUGCUGAGCCCCAACAGUCGCAAUCGCAGAGCAAAUCGUGGGGUUGGAUUUCGGAGAAGCGGACCAAGAACAACGUGGUUAUCAGACGGUUUAAAUUUCCCGAUCGGAAGGCGACCCCAGCGAACGAGAAACAGACCGAGCAGUAGCUACUUGUGGCCGCUGGGAACGGGGCUUGAAUGUUUACUCGUAUCUGCAAUAUUGUAUUCCUUUUGUAGUUUUUGUUCGAUUCAUCUAAGACUAGAAAAUGUUUAAUUUGAAAUAAAUAUUAUAGACUCAA